AUGUCCACAAAAAGCCUUGGAAGCAGAGUUUGUGUGACAGGGGCCUCAGGCUAUCUAGCUUCUUGGCUUAUUAAGCAACUUCUUUUGUCUGGUUAUCAUGUUGUUGGAACAGUUAGAGAUUUAGGGAAGCAGAAGAAAGUUGAACAUUUAUGGAAGCUAGAAGGAGCAAAAGAAAGACUGCAACUUGUUCAAGCCGAUUUAAUGGAAGAAAACAGCUUCGACAAUGCCAUCAUGGGAUGCAAAGGUGUCUUCCACAUUGCCUCUCCUGUCCUAAAGCAUAUCUCAGAUCCUAAGUUAGAAGUUGUGGAACCUGCAGUCCAAGGUACGCUAAAUGUGCUGCAUUCAUGUCGCAAGAACCCGGCCCUUGUUCGAGUGGUUUUAACCUCAUCAUCUUCAACUAUUCGAGUAAGAGAGGAUCUUGAUCCAAACAUACCUCUAGAUGAGUCUUCCUGGAGCUCCUUGGAAUUAUGUGAGAAACUGCAGGCAUGGUACCCAAUGUCAAAGACACAAGCAGAAAGAGCAGCAUGGGAAUACUGCAAAGAGAAUGGAAUACAUUUAGUGACUGUUCUUCCAUCAUUCAUCAUUGGACCAAGCUUGCCACCAGAUUUGUGUUCUACUGCAUCUGAUGUUCUAGGCCUUCUCAAAGGGGAAACAGAGAAAUUUCAAUGGCAUGGAAGAAUGGGUUAUGUUCAUAUUGAUGAUGUUGCCCUUUGUCACAUUCUUCUUUUUGAAAAUGAAGCCUCCCAUGGCAGAUACCUUUGUAGCUCUACAGUCAUGGAUAAUGACGAUUUGGUUGCCUUGUUAGCAACACGUUAUCCUAGCUUGCCUAUCCCAAAAAGGUUCCAGAAACUAGAUAGGCCACAUUAUGAUCUAAACAUCGGAAAACUGAGCAGCCUGGGAUUCAAGUUUAAGUCUGUUGAAGAAAUGUUUGAUGAUUGCAUUGCAUCGCUUGUGGAGCAAGGCCAUCUCAAAUUCAAAUGAGCUUCCAUGUUUUUAGAUGAUAAUUGUAUUCUAAAUACAAAUGAUAAAUAAUAUGAUUAAGUCCAACCUCCCCAAAAUAAAAUAAAAGAAGUUUAAGCCCCUUCCCUCUAUAUACAGCAAAUUAAAUUAAUAUACAACCUUGGAUAGAAUCACUUCAAAUAAUUUUCUGCUAGUGUUUAGUAGAAUGCACAUGCAAGUAUCAAAUUUCUGCAAGGUAUAUGUAAUAUUUAUGUUA